AUGGCCAGUUACUUGAAUCGAUCAAGCGAGCAACAAAAUAUACCUCUACUUAAAAAUAGAAAAAUUUAUAGUUUAAAUUCAUUGAUUAGAAAAUACCCAGUCAAUGGAUUUCAAGAUGAUGAUGAUAACAACAAUCAACAAACCAACAAUGGUGAAGGAAAUUUGAAUAAAUGUCUAACGGUAUUUGAUAUCAUUUCCUAUGGUAUCGGUAGUACAGUUGGAGCAGGUGUUUUUGUAUCCAUUGGUAUUGCGAUUAGCUCCUAUGCAGGUCCGGGUACAUUGUUAUCAUUUUUAUUCUCUGCAAUUGCUUGUUUAAUUUCCGCAUUUUGUUAUUCGGAAUUCUCAGCUCGUAUUCCAGCAUCUGGUAGUGCCUAUACAUUUGCCUACGUUUCAUUGGGUGAAUAUAUGGGUUGGUUCGUUGGGUGGAAUCUUACACUAGAGUAUGCCAUUUCAGCAUCGGCGGUAGCAAGGGGUUGGGUUGGUUAUUUUAGUGUAAUUUUCUCAAUUUUCGGUGCUAAAACACCACAAUUUAUCCAAGGUUAUCAAAUUAAUGAUUGGAUUAACAUUAAUCCAAUUGCACCACUUAUAAUUGUAUUUUGUACAAUAAUUUUGGUAUUUGGUAUUAAAGAUUCCGCUAGAUUCAAUAUGAUCAUUACAUGUAUCAACAUUUUGACAAUUCUCUUUUUCAUUGUUUUGGGCUCAAUCUAUGUUAAAGUUGAAAAUUGGACUCCUUUCCUUCCAUUUGGUUUCGAUGGUGUUUUCAAUGCAUGUUCAGUGGUAUUCUUUAGUUAUGUAGGAUUCGAUUCAGUAACAACAUUGGCAGGUGAAGUUAAGAAUCCAAAACGUGAUCUUCCAAUUGGUGUUAUCGGUUCCUUAGUUAUUGCAACCUCUCUUUACAUUGGUGUAACAUUGGUACUCUCUGGUAUGGUUAAUUUCCGUGAAGUUAGCCAAGGUUCACCAUUAUCCGAUGCAUUCAUUCACAAUGGUUUGGAUAUGAAAUGGGCAGCUAUGAUCAUUGCAUUUGGUACAUUAACUUCAUUAACCGCCUCAACAUUAUGUUGCUUAAUUGGUCAACCACGUAUCUACCUCCAAAUGGCCAAAGAUGGUUUAUUCUUCAAGAAAUUUGGUGAAUUAAAUAAAAAACAAGUUCCAGUAUUUGGUAUUCUCUUCACUUGUGGCUUUGCUUCAUUACUCGCUAUCGUAUUAGAUUUAGAUAAUUUAACUAAUAUGAUUAGUAUUGGUACUUUACUUGCAUUCACUUGUGUUUGCGCCGGUGUGGUCGUAAUGAGAUAUAGAAAUGAGGAUGGCUCAGAAAAUGGUCCAAUUCCAUCCACAUUAGUACUCUUUGUCUUAUUUGUAGUCGCUUGUGUAUUUGGUGCUGCAAGUUAUAAUGGUUGGAAAAUUUGGAUUCAAAUUGUAUUGGCAGUGAUCCAAUUAGCUCUUAUCAUCCUCCUUUGUUUCAAAAAACAAACAUUAGAUAAAAGUACAUGUAAUUAUUUCCUUUGUCCAUUAGUUCCAAUUAUUCCAUGUCUUGGUAUAAUUAUCAAUACCUAUUUCAUUAUGCAUUUAGAUUCAGCUAGUUUUAUUCGUAUGGCAAUUUGGACAGUUGUUGGUACAAUUGUUUAUUUUGUUUAUUCAAUUAGAAAUAGUAAAUUAAAUAAUACUAAUAAUAAUUCUUAUAUUAAUUAA